CCAACGGUUGCCAGGCCCGGGGGUAGCGCUAACGGCCGGGCCGCCGCGGAGCAGCGCGGAGUGGCUGCCCCGAGAAGCCGGCCGGCCUGGCUGUGUGCGAGGGCCGGAGGCAGCUUCGAGGCACUCGCAGAAGCCGCCCCUCCACCGCGGUGGCGCUGGAGGAAGGCGCAGCUGUAUGGCAGCCAUUGCGAUUGGCGGCUUUACGUGUAGCUCUUGAAGGGGUCCGGAGGUAACGACCUAGUCACUCGCGGUGCCGCUUCCACGGAGCCGCCGUGAUGGCUGUUCUGGCAGCUCACUACGUUAACCUUGGACUUCCCGAACUUGUGUAGUCCGUGGUGAAGCCGCGGCGGACGUCUCAGUCUUCACGUUUCAGCCGGCUCGGGGGAGGCGACUCGCCACUCGGCCACGCCCUCGGCUGUUCGCCAUCUUAACUUCGGGCUAGGUGGGCCGCCGUGGACGCCCGUGAAGCCUUCGGCGGCCCUCUUGGUUGAGGGCGGAAGUGAUUCCCUCCGUGGCGCACGCUCUGCUCGCAGGGUGCCUCGGACCCACGUGGAAGCGGCCCUCAGGAAGGAAAGAUGCUGCGCCGCGAAGCCCGCCUGCGUCGCGAGUACCUGUACCGGAAGGCGCGCGAGGAGGCGCAGCGAGUCGCCCAGGAGAAAAAGGAGAAAGUGCGGCGAGCGCUCGAAGAAAACCGUCUAAUUCCCACUGAGUUACGCCGGGAGGCCCUGGCCCUACAAGGGUCCUUGGAAUUUGAUGAUGCUGGUGGUGAAGGUGUGACCAGCCAUGUAGAUGAUGAGUAUCGAUGGGCAGGAGUUGAGGAUCCCAAAAUCAUGAUCACUACUUCUCGAGACCCCAGUUCCCGCCUGAAGAUGUUUGCAAAGGAAUUGAAGCUGGUGUUCCCAGGUGCCCAGCGCAUGAACCGAGGCCGACAUGAAGUGGGGGCACUGGUGCGAGCCUGCAAAGCCAAUGGGGUCACUGACCUCUUGGUUGUCCAUGAGCAUCGAGGCACACCUGUGGGACUUAUUGUCAGCCACCUACCUUUUGGCCCUACUGCUUAUUUCACACUAUGCAAUGUGGUCAUGCGACAUGAUAUCCCCGACCUGGGCACCAUGUCAGAAGCUAAGCCUCACCUCAUCACACACGGUUUUACCUCCCGGCUAGGAAAACGAGUCUCUGACAUCCUUCGUUACCUGUUUCCUGUGCCCAAAGAUGAUAGCCACCGAGUUAUAACUUUUGCAAACCAGGAUGACUACAUCUCCUUCAGGCACCACACCUACAAGAAAAAGGACCACCGAAAUGUGGAGCUGACUGAAGUAGGGCCGCGCUUUGAGCUAAAGCUAUAUAUGAUUCGCCUGGGCACACUAGAACAAGAGGCCAUGGCAGAUGUGGAAUGGCGCUGGCACCCAUAUACCAACACAGCACGCAAGAGGGUCUUCCUGAGCACUGAGUGAGCCCACUGGCCAAUCAAGAUUUGGACUUGAAAAUUGGGAGUUUUAGGGCACUGUUACAGGCCUACUGGACCCAAAUUGGAGAUCAGAGGGAUGUGAAUUAAUACUCUGUCACCUGACUAUCUCUGACUAGUCAGAAGGGUCCAUUUUCAGGCCAAACCCAUCCUUGGCUAGGGAACCUGAUGUCUAUAUCCUGGUGAUAUCCAUUUGAAGGUUAACAUUUUUUUCUGAAUCUAGCAUAAUAACCACUGUUGUAUAAUCCCAGAGCUCCAGAAGCUGAGGCAGUAGAAUCAAAUGGUGACUUCCAGAUUACCUAGUGAGACUAUCUCAAAACAAAAUAAACCAGAAAUUUAAAAACACCAUUAUACCCAUUGGAAAAUUUA